AUGAACUCAUCACUGAUACUAUCGCUAAUAUUCCUGGCCCUGGUCGGCUCCCAAGAAACUCAUGACUCCCAGUUUUCGGAUGUGGACUUCUUCAAAACAUUCGGCUACAUUGACGCUAGUGACGCUAUUGACUCUCAAGAUUCAGGAGCAGGCGACUCUGGCAACCUUAUAUUCGUCCCUUCCCAAGCAAUCUCCGACUUCCAGCAAUACUACGGACUUCCAGUGACUGGUGUUAUGGAUGAUGCAACUAGGGCUGCAAUGAAUACGCCUCGUUGUGGAGUACCUGAUAAAGAUAAUGUCAACGAGAUUGCCGGACAAGGACAUGAAGAUGAGGAAGAUUUGGAAGAUGAGGGGCCUGAACCACUUUUGAGCAGUGCUAUAAAGAAGAAGAAAAGAAACAGGAAUAGGAAGAGCAAAAAGAGAAGGUCUAAAAGAUACGUGACUUCUGCCACAAAAUGGAGAUCAACCAAACUUUCCUACAGAUUCCUGAACUACACCGCAGAUAUCCCCGAGGUUCUCACCAGAUCUGCCUUCAGAGAGGCCUUCAGCAUGUGGGAAGAGGUGUCUGCCCUUCAGUUCUACGAGGAAACUAACUCUAACAUUGGAGCUGAUAUCGACAUAGCCUACAUAUCAGGACUUCAUGAAGAUAAGAGUGCUUUCAACUCACUGGUCCUGGCCCACGCUUUCUUCCCCAGGGUCGGCUGGCUGCACAUGAACGACCUACAAAGAUGGAACUACAACAGCGUACAAGGUACAGACACCGUGUUUGUUGCUGUCCACGAGCUGGGACACAUUAUGGGACUCAGACACUCGAAGAGGAACACAAUAAUGCACGCCUCCUACCCUGGUUACUCCCCUAACAUUAAGUUAUCAGAUGAUGAUAUCAAGGGCAUCCAGUCCCUGUAUGGACCCAAUCCUUGCUUUCCUAGUAAUCCUUGCAAGCAUGGAGGAGCUUGCCGAAAAAGCCCGCUUGGAGGAGUGGGAUUCGUGUGCUCAUGUACCUCUGGAUACAAGGGAGCCAAGUGCCAGAGCAAGAUGGAUGAAGUCAUGACCCGGAAAUGCCGAUCAAUCAACAUUCCUAACGGUUUUGCAACCCCAGAAGGAAGACUCGGACCAAACCAAGUGGCCCGCAUGUUCUGUAACGAAGGCUACGAGCUGGUAGGAGCUUCACAGUUCCUCUGUACCCACAGAGGCUUCUACACUCCCUCCACAGUCAACACUCAGUGCAGACGUAGGAUCCUUUGUCCUGCUGUGGUCCUUAAUAACGGAGUGGUAUACCCGAAGAGACCAGUUGAAGCCGAGACGGUCGUGUCCUUCUCUUGUAAUGACGACUACCAGCUCUCCGGAUCCAGGUCCAUGAAGUGCAGAAAUGACGGAACCUACGACAGGACAUCACCUAACUGUGAGAAGAUUGUUGAAGAGGAAGAUGAGAUAGAUGACCUGGAGACAGGAUGCCCAGUGAGCUUUGAUGCUGUUUCCAGUAGAACCACAAGAGACAGCAUGAUCUUCGCUUUCAAAGGUACAAGAUACUGGAUCUACAGGAGAGGAGAGACCGGUGCUCCCAAGUCUCACUGGAGGAGUGGAGCUCAGCUCUCCAAUGGGUUCGAGAACAUCCCCGCACACUUGGACGCUGCUUUCUCCUACACAGACCCUGACACUAGAGACAGGUUUAUCUGCUUCGUCAAGUGGCCCCAGGUCUAUUUCUGGGACAUAGUAAAGCGUGAUAUCUCGAGGGUAGCUGACUUCCAGACCACCUUCAACAUCCCCGGGGGGCUCCAAGUCACUGCCGCUCACAGAUGGGACGAGAACACUAUCUACUUCUUCGUUCCCUUCGGAUUCUACAUCUACGACAUCAAACAGAAAACCUACGACCCACCAAACUUCCAGCCCAUGACCACCUUCCGAGGAAUGGGACCUAGAGUAACAGCUACAGCGGUUUCUAAAUCCUUCUACUCGGACGUCUUCAACAUCUUUGUGGGAGAUGAAGUUUACCAGAUAAGAAAAUCUGAUAAGCAAGUGCUGAGGAACAAUCCCCACGAAAUAAAGAGUGUGUGGAGGUACGGACUUAAUGGCUGCACGUAAAGUUAUUUCAGAUUUAAACUUUUCUUAAGCAUGGGUACUUUUGUUUAUUUAUUACCUUUUGAUGACAUGCUGCUCGACGGGUUAUAAUAACGAUUAUUAUGAUCCUAAGUAAAGACUAAAUCUCAUGAAUUAUGAUUAAUUACAAUUAAUUAUAAAUUUUAAUUUGUACUUAAUGGGAAUGAUAACUUUACUUGAUUUUCUGACUAUUUAAUAAACGUUUUAUACGGUAAUGUUUUUUUACGAUUGAAGCCUACUUUAAUAGGUUACGCUAAUUUAACAUCUAUUUGAUACUGGUAUUUAUUGACUGUAUGAUAUCAGUAAUCAGUA